GACAGGGGUGAGGAGACGAGAGGGGGGCAGAGCAGAGGGAACAAGGCUUCGUUCGGAAGAAGGAGAAAGUUACAGGGAUAUUUAUAUUUCUAAAGCCUUCCUCUCCGCGGGGGGAGGAAGAGGAGGAGAGGCCGAGCAUCAUCAGCGCGGCUGCGCUGGAGGCGGAGGAGGAGGAGGAGGAGGAGGAGGAGAGAAGGAGAGGUGCUGCAUCUCCAUCACAUCAGCAGAGCAGGAGAUGCUGACAAGUUUCACUUCCACUCAGCGCACAUUUGCAACUCCCACACAAACACGUUUUUCAGCCUCCGCGCAGCAUCAGCAUCCCGUCCUGCGGAGGCUCUGAUCUGGGACCCCUGGACCCCCCCUGGACCCCCCUGGAGGACUCCUGCAAGCAGCAAGAUCUCAUCGUCCUCAUCAGAACCGGAUAGAAGCUCCCCGUCUGUCCCGAGAGGAAGUCUGUUGAUAGGGCUGGUCGGGGCAAUAACAUUACACCUCCUAACGGCGCGCCGAGGCCCGGAUCAGCAGCAGAAGACCCUCAUCUCCUCAUUACUGCCUCCUGCAGCAGCACCAGCCCUCAGAUAUAACCCCGGCCAACCCCUGUCAGGGGUUUGAGUGCUAGUGGCUCUGUGAGAUCCGGUUCAGUCAUGUGACGGGUUCCCGCUCUCGUAUUGUACCACAGCUGAAGGGAAAGGCCCGAUCAUCCCGUCUCACACGACCUUCGGGGUCUGGAACCACCACAUCUGAGAAAAAACCUGUAUUUGUGAAUUCACGACCCCCCAACGUGCUCCGUCACGUGACAUGGAAAACCUUGUAAGGAGUGUAGUUCCCGACCCGUGAGGAGAAGAGUGAUCCAACACCGCCCACCGGGCCGGUCUAUGCUCCACGCGAGCAUAAACCUGGCGUGUGUCGUGUCCGGGACGCAGCCCUGCAAUAAGGGAAAAAUGAAAGAAUAGGAUUAAAGAUGGAUUAUCACUGAAAGCUCAGCAAAGCAGCUGCCUCUGCGUAAACCCAUUGGACUCUCUUCAGACAGAGAGGCGCGCCGCCAGCCGAUCAGCAGAUUACACUCGCUUGUUGAUGUAGUGGCCUCUUGUGCGUCUGGUAUUAAAAGAGGGAGAUGCAGAGUCUGGACGAGCAGGAGCACCCCCUCCUGGGGGAGAGCGUCACCCACGGCAGGGCUCCCGGGCCGGGCCAGGACCCCAAUGCGGUGUUCAAGGGUCUCCUGGUGCGGUGCGAGGAGGACCGGGCCUACCCGCCCUUGGCCUGGAGGAGCUACUGCGGACACGCCCCCCCCGAGCUGCAGCAGCACCAGGUCCUGGACCCGUGUUCGUUACCGCGUACGCUGGAGUCCUAUUACCCAGCAGCCCCCGUCUGGGCCAACGGCGACUCCCUGCUCAGCAAGGACUACCUGGAGACCACCUUCGUGGACAUCCGGCCCGGGUCCAGCCUGGAGAGGAAGCUGCUGGCCGAGGCGCAGGACUACCACAGCGGGUCCUACAGCGUGGACGACGAGGAAGACCUGCUCCCCGACUCCGACGACUCGUCCUUCGAGGACCUGAGUGACUCGGACAGCGACAGCAACUUCCCCCUGAUGAUCCCGCAGGACUACCUGGGCCUGGCCUUCUUCUCCAUGCUGUGCUGCUUCUGGCCGCUGGGCAUCGCCGCCUUCUACCUCUCGCAGAAGACCAACAAGGCGUCGGCCCAGGGCGACCUCCAGGGCGCCAACGCCGCCUCCCGCCAGGCGCUGUGGCUGUCGGUGCUCUCCAUCGUGUUCGGGGUCAUCACCUACAUCUGCGCCAUCGCCGCCCUGAUCUCCUACCUGUCCGGGAAACCGCCCUAAAAACGCAGGAACGACCCGCCACGUACCUCACGCCUAGCACCGCCCCCCCGCACGCCUCACGCACAUGUCACACGUUCACCAUCCAGACCAGAGCCCGGGGCCGGGGGCAGGGUCGGGGUGAUGAUGUCAGAGGGGGCGGGGAACGUUAGAAGUCUUCUCACCAACGCCCGGCCUGGCCCCCGUGGUCUCUGGUGGCCCGAGUCCUGGACCGGGAUGCGGCCGCAGGAGCUCCACGCCUCGUUUCCACAUCUCGUUUCCACGCCUCGAUUCCACAUCUCGUUUCCACGCCCACCAGAGGUUUAUUUAUACCUGAUCUCUGUGUACUGUGCAUACAACACAGUAUGCAGUAUCUACUGCAUUAUAGUCCAGGUUAAGUAUGCAGUGCGCAGUAUGCACUAUGUAGUAUGCCAUCAUACGG